GAAAUAAUUUAUCAAUUGGCUACAGCUCUUGAGAGUUGAAUUGUAACUGAGGAUGAAGUAUAUGUUAUUACAGGUGGUUUUGGGUUGAGAAUGAGAUUACAGUCAUGCUUUGUUGUUGUGAGUAGUAACAGUUUAGGUUUAUGCCGAUCCUUGAGUGGAUUUGAAUUAUAUGGUGGUUCACUUAAGUGACUGAUGUUUGGGGUAGCGUGUGAUUUUUGAUGCUGAACUGCAGAUGCCAAGAGUAUGAAUGAAAUAUAGGAGUUGAUGGUGUUGAAACUGAACCUGGUUGUGCUAUACAGUACAUGGAGGAGGCCUGAAAUGCAUACCGAAAACUCUACUUCGGUUAUGGAGUACCUGGAGAACACUACCGCCACGGAUUAAACUGCAAUUCCUUCGGAUUCUUCUUCAGGAUUGUUUUAGCAGUUCAGGCGGGUAGCUAAUUUAUACUUUCUUAUGAUGUCAAUCUUAUCCACAACACCCAUCAGUCCUGUGCAUCCUAUAACCAAUGUGGUCCGAAGAGUCACUUUUCCCCAUUGGAGCGACUCUUGGAAUGAGAGAAGAAGCUAUACCAGGAAGUUAAGGCUCGUGAAGGGGCAAAUAUUGAGCAUUAGAGGAAGCUAUCGACUUUGCAAUCUUUGGAAUACAGGGGAAGUGGAGAAGCUAAAUUGGACAAGACAAAAGGCAUCUACAAAGAAGCUGCAGUCAAUGAUUUUGGUAUAUUUGUUUCUUGAUUCUGUCUUGAUUCAAGAAGUUGUAGCGGUGAUGCCAUCAAAAAUGAGAAAUAAAAUCUGUAGAAAGAUUGAGAGACAGGCAAAAACAGGGAGAACUAGAAAUUGUAGCUACCUCUUGUCUAUGACAAAUGAUGAGCUAUAAAUAUAAAAGUCGUUUGAUUUCUGCUGUAAUGGGUACUUGUCCUGUGUUGUGUUGACUUAAAUGGAACUAAGUUGUUUCUUUCA